UAGUUAUGCUAGAAAUGUUGUCGAUGAGGUCUGAAACUAAAUAUGUCAUCAAAACGUCAAACUUCUUUGAUAGGUUUCUUUUCUGUUGUCAAAAGUGAGCUCGAAGGAAGAGUUCCAAGAUGUUGAUGCCUAAACAAAACCGUGUUUCCAUAUAUGAGUACCUCUUUAAAGAGGGGGUGAUGGUUGCUAAGAAGGACUAUCAUGCUCCGAAGCAUCCGGAUCUGGAAAAGAUUCCUAACCUCCAGGUUAUCAAAGCGAUGCAGUCUCUCAAAUCUAGAGGAUAUGUCAAGGAACAGUUCGCGUGGAGGCAUUUUUACUGGUAUUUGACCAACGAGGGUAUUGAAUACUUGAGAAUCUUCCUCCACUUGCCCCUGAAAUCGUGCCGCCACCCUCAAGCUCAGCCCGCACAGAGACAGUCCGCCGUGGCGCGGUUGGCCGCCAGACGCCCCGCACGCACUGCUGAGGACAGGUCUGCCUACCGCCGUGGACCGACCACACCCUCAGGCGCCUCAUGAUAAGAAGGCUGAUGU